UCUAUACAGCCAACAAUGAUUCCAGCUUGGACGCAUUGUCCCCCAAGGGCCGCCGGGCCAGUGCGUAGGUCCAGAGGAAGUGCCCUGUCACAUGUGGCUGCCCUGCCUGGGAAGGGGAAUGAUGGCUGCCCAGAGGAGCAAGGCAUCAGCUCUGGCCCCUGGGGUCCUUCAGAGCACACCAUCCGCAGUGGCCCCCCCUUCUGGGAAGGACAAAUAAUAGGGAAGAGGUCAAUGCCCCUUGCUGCCCCCUUGCCGCCCUCGCCCUGGCUUGGGCUUUAUCACCCCAGACAUUCACUGGCUGGAGCGAGGCUGAACAUCAUGUUCACACUUGGGGCCUUCCUGAUGUUCUGGGGUCUCUCACUGGGCCCAGCGACUGAGGCGGCCAUAGCAUUCGAGACCCGGCCAAACCUGUGGGCAGAGGCUGAAUCGCUGCUGGAGCCCUGGGCCAACUUGACGCUGACGUGCCAGGCCCGCAUGAAGACCCCUGCUUUUGAGCUGUUCAAGGAUGGGGUAACCCAGGAACUUGUGCACCUUAAUGUACCCGCCAUGGAGCACCGGUUCCUGCUAGGAGCAGUGACAAGUGACACCUGGGGCCUCUACCGCUGCCGCUCUGGCAUGGGCAGAGGAUGGACCCAGUUGAGCAACCUCGUGGAGGUGACUGGAGCAGAGUCCCUACCACCACCUUUGCUCUCAACUGAGCCCGUGUCCUGGAUCACGCCGGGUCUGAAGACAAAGCUGCUGUGCCAUGGAGGGUUUCAUGGCAUGACCUUCCUGCUGAGGCGGGAAGGUGAUGAUCAGUUUUUGGAGGUGGCUGAGGCCCCUGAACACGCAGAGGCCACCUUCCCAGUCCAUCAGCCUGGCAAUUACAGCUGCAGCUACCGGACCCACGAAGCAGGUGUGCCCUCGGAGCCCAGUGCUACUGUGACAGUCGAGGAGCUGGAAGCACCGUUGCCACCCACGCUGAGUUUCCGGGGAGAGUCUGCAGCUGUCCUGCGCUCGGGCGCUGGCGCGAGCCUCACCUGUGUGGCGCCCCUGAGCGGCGUGGACUUCCAGCUGCAGCAGGGCGAGAAGGAGCUGCUAGUACCCAGAAGCUCCACCAGCCCAGACCGCAUCUUCUUUGACCUGAACGCAGUGGCUCUAGGGAACGGCGGUCUCUACACCUGCCGCUAUCGGCUGCAUGGCGAGCAAACCUGGUCCUCUGACAGUGCGCCUGUCGAGCUGCUGCUGAGCGACGAGACGCUCCCGGCGCCAGAGCUCUCCGCCGAACCCGCGACUCUACACCCCGCGCCAGGCGCGCUGGUGCAGCUGCGGUGCCGGGCACCCCGGGCCGGCCUGCGCUUCGCCCUGGUGCGCGAGGACGCCAAGCGCCGAGUGCACGCUGUCCUGAGCCCCGCGGGGACAGAGGCCACCUUCGAGCUGCGGGACGUCUCGGUGGUGGACUCCGCCAACUACAGCUGCGUCUACGUGGACACGGCGCCACCCUUCGAGGGCUCGGCGCCCAGCGCGGUCCUGGAGCUGCGUGUAGAUGGACCCCCUCCCCGGCCAAGGCUCCAGCCCCUGUGGAGUGGGGCGGUGGUUCCCGGACGCGAUGCCGUCCUGCGCUGUGAGGGCCAGGUGCCCGACGUCGUGCCCGAGGUCACCUUUGAGCUGCUGCGGGCAGACGAAGAGGAGCCUUCAACCACGCUCUGGACCAGCCACCCCUCAGCAGACCUUGUAUUGACCUAUGUGGGGCCCCAGCACGCAGGCAACUACAGCUGCCGCUACCGCUCGUGGUCGCCGAAACCCUUCGUGUCUGAGCUCAGCGACCCGGUGGUGCUCCAGGUGGCAGGAAGUUGACCCAGCUGCAGACGCAGGCCGCUAAUGGUAUCUUUGGCAAGUAGUUUCUCCAGUCUGGCUCUGAACCCUCAUGCUGCAGCUAGAGGCUGGACUCCCCCUGGAAGUGCUGGACUAUCCCCUCAUUCCUCCUGGAAAUCAAUAAAAAUGUGAAGAGAGACUUUAAAAGGUCUCCUCGGCUAAUGGCAGCCCUGGUGCAGAGGGCUGUACUUCCAGGGCUGAAGGAAGUGGGCUGGGAUCUUGUGUCCUAAAGGUGGACGCGGGCUCUGGGUUAUAUCCUCCUGAGGAUAUAGAGGCUAAGGACUGGCUACUUGGGGCCAUAUUUUUCAAGAUUACCUUUUGCUUUCUUCAAGCUGCCUCCUACUGCCCAGGCAGCUCUGCCUGGUCCCCAACAGGUCUGGGUAGGUAGCUCCCCAGACAUAGCCAACCCCACCUUGACUAAAUGGGUCCCCACACUGGGAGGCACUGCAGAGAUGCUGCAUUUUGUAGUUUUGUUUUCUGGACUGCGUGGCCACCAGCUGCUGGGGCUGGAGUCUGUCCCCAAAGGCUAGGUCUCUCACAUUGGAGAUUGAAACUGUUGUAGGAGUGGGACUCCUCUUUAUUCUUUUCCACUUCCCCUCAGAUCUAAGGCCCUAUGCCUGACCCAAUACCCCCCUGGACCAUUUCAUUGCCCAGUCCACUUAGAGCUUGGCCCUCAAGGUACAGGCAUACCAGUGUGUAUUAGCAUUAUUAACUAAUAGUUAAUACAUUUUGUUUAAGGAAUUUUCCUAUUUCAUCUGAGUGGUCUGAUUUACUGGUAUAGAGUUGUUCACAAUGUUCCUGUAUUCAUUUAAUGCUUGAUAUUGUGUCCCUUCUACCCACCCCCCCCACUACUCCCCCUCUGUCAGUCUAGCUAGGGGUUUAUCAGUUGUAUUACUCUUUUCAAAGAACUAAUUAACUUUUGGAUUUGUUCAUUUUUUCUAUGGUCUCUAUCUUGUGGAUCUCUACUUGUAUCAUUAUUAUUCUCUUAUACUUCUGAAGUAAUUUGUUUUUUUUUUCACUUUCUUCAGGAAACAAACAUCAUUGAUUUCUUGGGGGUAAACAUCAGUAACAGCUCAUUAUUAGGCUUAAAAACAAGUUUGUAAUAGUUUAAAUAUUAGUAAAUUACUUCUUUGUGGAUAAAAAAUAA